GCCAAUGAGAGUAAAGCUCGGGUGACGAGCACCCACUCGUCCACGUCGCGAUGUCGAUAUGAGGGGAAACGUAAACGUCACUUUCCUUUCGUUUUAACUGCCAGUUUUAUAAUAAAACUAUAUUAUAAUCAUCGUAAAGGCAUGUAUUCGGUAUCCCCAUGACUUUGGGUUGCCAUAAGAUAUGAAUAAAGCGAGAAAGCGACUGCCGGCGAGCGGAUCGCAAGCGUCUGUCAGGAGACAUGAAGAACAGUUGCCCUGGAAGAAACAGAAGCUCUUGGACAUCCAUCAGGCCCUGAACAGUGACCCCGUGGACAUCGAGACCCUGCAGCGGGCGGCUCUGAGCGAAGGAGGUUUGCUGACAGAUGACAUCAGAAGAAAAGUUUGGCCCAAACUCCUCAGUAUCAAUGUGUACAAUCUGCCUGCAAAACCCUCCAAAGAUCUCCGAGAAGACCACAAAGACUACAGACAGGUGGUGCUCGAUGUCAAGAGGUCAAUGCGGCGUUUCCCGAAAGGCAUGCGUGUGGAUGAGCGAGAGGUUCUCCAGGAGCAGCUGAUUGACAUCAUUCUGGAUGUUUUGAGGAGAAAUCCUCAGCUGCACUAUUACCAGGGUUAUCAUGACAUCGUGGUGACCUUCCUGCUGGUGGUGGGAGAGAGGAUGACCAUCGCAAUCAUGGAGAAACUGUCCAAUCAUCAUCUCAGGGAUUUCAUGGACCCCACCAUGGACAGCACAAAGCACAUCCUAAACUACCUGAUGCCCAUUCUGGAGCGCGUGGACCGAGAGUUACAUGACUUCAUGAUCAGGUCUGAGGUGGGCACCAUCUUCGCCCUCAGCUGGCUGAUCACAUGGUACGGUUACGUCCUGUCGGAUUUCAGACAUGUUCUGAGGCUCUAUGAUUUCUUCCUGGCGUCUCACCCACUGAUGGCCAUCUACUUCGCCGCUGUGAUUGUGUUGUACAGACAGAAGGAAGUGAAGAGCAGUGAGUGUGAUAUGGCCAGCGUUCAUCACCUGCUGUCUCAGAUGCCUCAGGAUCUGCCGUACGAGGAGCUGAUUGGUCGAGCUCAGAGCCUGUUCAUCAGCUGCCCGCCCUCUCUGCUGACCCAGUCUGCAGCGCUGCAGUCACACAACAUAAUCGCCAUCAGCACCUUUACUGACUUCCAGACGUCGACGUUGAGGCAGCGUCCCGACUCCGUCCUUCGUCAACAGCUUCAUAAGCGGCAUGAAAACCAGCUAACUCUUCCCAUGAGCCCCCAGCCAGCGAGCACGAACCAGCUGGUCAAAAUGGCAGUGUGGGGUCUGUCGGCCACGUUAGGAGCGGCGGCGCUAGCUGUGGCUCAGACCGCCAUGGACUGGGCUCCGGAGUUUCUCUCGCAGCUCUUCUGACACCAAACGCCUCGCUCCCGUGUGCCAAACAGGGUGUACUGCAAUUGCAAAUAUGUGUUAAGUGAUGCAAAUCACCCGGAGAGAAUGAAGCUGUAGUUUAUUUAUUUCCAAACCAUGCUGUUGUUAUUAUUUAUAGAUUUGAGCCUUGCUUAUAUUGGCGAAGUGGGAGGAGUCAAACAAGGUUUUUGUAAUCAUAAGCAUUUCUGGAUGUCAUUCCAUCAGCAGAAAGUGCUCUGCUAGGCUGUUCUCAACAGCACAAAUUAUUAAAAGGUUGUUGUUUUUUUCUGCUGAAUGCCGUCAGUAGUGAGUGAAGCUCAAUAAGCGAAGAAAACGGGUGAAAGACCUCAGAGACUCGCCGGUGAACACAGCACUUUACAACCACAGAGCAAACUACACUCAUGCCUUCAGGUGCUUCAGAAAUCAACCACUGUCCUCUGUGCGUGAAUUAUACUGUCCAUGUGUCUCUUUGUAAUUAUUUGUAAAACUGCUAUUUUACAAAUAAUUACAAAAAAAGCACCAAGUAUCAGUAAACAUUCAUUAUUUUUAAAUAGAAAAACUGAAAGUAUUUUCCUGGAAAAUCUUUGUUUUAUUUACAAUAAAUAUUUUAUUUUCAGUA